AUGGACAAGAAGAUAAAAUCUGCUCAGCACAAAAAACUCGUCGCAGUGGAAAACAUUAAGGCGCUGGAGCGCUUUAAGCAGAACUUCAAAUCCGAAAAUGUAGGUGAAAUCCCGGAGGUUAUGGAGGGUUUGGAACAACACAGACAGGACUUUUUUGCCGCGGUGGCAAAGCUGGAAGAGUAUGACGACACCAGUGAGGCGAUUCAAGCCUAUUUUACUGACAGGAUCGAUAUGGAAGAGCGCUGCCGGCGGCUAAAAUCGUUCCUUAGAGAAAACCAGCGGAAGGAAGCCAAUUCCCUCAACGACUCCUUAUUGGCAAACUCAACCCUAGCGUUUGGACGGCCAAACACAUCAAACAUUCGUUUUCCCAAAAUCGAAUUACCAACGUUCGACGGUGAUUCGACAAAGUGGUUGUCAUUCCGCGAUCGAUUUGUCGCGAUGAUUGACGCAAGUGCCGAGCUGCCGCCAAUUGCAAAACUGCAGUACUUACUUUCGUCCCUGAAAGGUGACGCUGCGGUUCCCUUCGAACAUGUUAUUCUGACCACGGAAAACUAUUCUGUUACCUGGGCUGCGCUGCUUAAGCGAUACGACAACUCACGGAUGCUCAUUCGCGAGUACUGGCGACGGCUACAUUUCCUACCUGCGAUUGCAACAGAAAGUGUCGAUGGCUUGACGUCGUUGGUAGAUGAAUUCGUGCGAUAUGUGAAUGGGUUGCAGAAGCUGCAUGAGCCUGUCGACUCAUGGGACACGCCUUUGUCCAACAUGUUGCUGAUGAAGCUGGACAAUGAGACCAUUCUGGCGUGGGAAAGGCAUUCUGUGCAUAAGAAAAAGGAUAAGUACAGCGAGUUGAUCGAAUUCCUGCAAGACCGAAUCCAAAUCCUAAAAUCGAACCAGAGUUUUGUGUUCUAUUGUAUUAUAUUAUAUUUAUUCCUAUUACGACUAUUACAUUGA